UUUCAUUCGGACAAAUCUUCGUUUAACAAGGCAAUUAUCUACCAUUUCCAAGCAAACCCAAUUUAAUUCUCUUUAUAUUCCAUUGAUUUCUUUGUUUUCUCAGCCAAUUAAAAGAGGGUUUCUUUGUUCUGCAUCAUCUUGUGAUAAUUCUAAGAGGUUUGUGUUGUUGGGUUUGCGAUCAGGUCACAGUAUGGCCAGUCAAUCAGCUCAGCCUAAAUCAGUCCACGAGUUCACAGUCAAGGAUGCCAAAGGGAAUGAUGUGGAUCUUAGCAUAUAUCGGGGAAAGGUCCUGCUGAUUGUCAAUGUUGCAUCACAAUGUGGAUUCACCAAUUCGAAUUAUACAGAGAUGACAAAGCUAUAUGAGAAAUAUAAGGAUCAAGGCCUCGAGAUUCUGGCAUUCCCAUGCAAUCAAUUUGGCUCGCAGGAACCUGGAAGUAAUGAAGAGAUUCAACAGUUCGCCUGCACUCGCUUUAAGGCUGAAUAUCCCAUAUUUGAUAAGAUUGACGUCAAUGGUUCAAAUGCUGCUCCAUUAUACAAGUUCCUGAAGUCGAGCAAAGGAGGAAUUUUUGGAGACGGUAUCAAAUGGAACUUCUCCAAAUUCCUGGUUGAUAAAGAGGGGAAUGUUGUCGAUCGCUAUGCUCCCACUACUUCUCCUCUUGGCGUCGAGAAGGAUAUAAAGAAACUGCUGGGAAUUGCUUAG